CCACGGACAAGAUGGAACCCAGAGUGAUCCUCCUGCAGCUGGCGUCCAUCUCUUGUGUCCUCGCGCUUCCCAUCGUCGGCAUCGGCACUCUGGUGGAAGAUGCCAACAACGCUGUCGUCCGAGACAAGAGAGAGCCAAGUCGGUCCAUGACGUUCAGCGGGUUCAUGCCUGGCAAAGGACUGUCAGCUUUCGCGACCAGCGGGGACUUCGCCCCCUACGGUAGACGACCGUGGAGCCAGGGCGAGUCAGCCCAGCCGUCAGGGGAGGAGCACCCUCCUGAGCGAGGGCAGAGUCCAUGGACACCUGAGGACAAGGGAAGGGACGAGGAGGAAGAAGAGGUUCCACCGCCGCGACCUGGAAAGAAGAACAAGAAGAAGUACAAUACUAGGGAAGAGGACGAGGAGGAGUACGAAAAACCCGGUAGAGGAGGUAACGCAGCAGCGUCGUUCAACGCAUGGUUCCCCAUCAUGCUUGGGAUGUUCCCCUCGUCUUUUGGAGACGAAGGAGGAUACUCUAGGGGUUACCCACAACAGGGACAUGGAGGAAGCUACCCUAGCCAGGGGUCAGGAGGUCAUGGACCCAGCUAUCCUGGUCAAGGUCCCAACUACCCUAGCCAGGGGUCAGGAGGUCAUGGACCCAGCUAUCCUGGCCAAGGUCCCAACUACCCUAGUCAGGGGCACCAAGGGGGAUUCCGGUACCCUCAAGGGGGUCCCCACACGACCGUCAUUGCCAAUAGCGUCAGCAACGGACGCAGCGGCGUGGCGAGUAGUCACGCUAUAGCCUACGGGGGCGGAAGCAACCCUCAGCACCAACGGUGACCUACUGUACAUACACUGCCUCCAACCCACCAUCACCUACAACAUAUUGUGUAUCUAGAAUAAAUAUUUGUCAUUAGUAA